UCCAAAGUUGGCGUAAACAUGAAAUAACGAAAUGUAAUGAACUGGACAGUCAAAUAAGUUUGCUUUCUCAAUAGAAUCUAGCAAACAGACACCAAUAAUGAAUUCAUUAAUGGGAGGGGGGAUUGUACACUGUACACUGCUCGGGGCACGCCAAAACUAACCUCUUAAGUCAAUUGCGCAAAAUAAGCCGAAAUCUUUCUUGUUCGGUUAGUAACACUAAUGUGAAUUUGAUAUCGGUUUAUAUAUACAUACACGUUAACCGGUAUCAGAAACACUCCACGAAUCGGGAGCUUGCCUUCUUUCGAGACCACACCCUGAAAAUAGGCUUGUUGUUUCAACUAGCGAAUGUGGACGACCUACCUUGCUUGUGUCAGCGAAACGAGUUCAGAAACUUUUAAGAAUUUUGAAACUCUGAAACCGAGGAUUCCUGUUAGAAGAAUAAAUAUGGAGUGCGUGUGUUUGCUUUAAAGUUUUCCAGCUGGUUUCCGUUGCUGCUUUCAUUAGAAGAAGAAGAAGAAGAAGAAGAAGAAGAAGAAGAAGAAGAAGAAGACGAAGAUUUGCUACUGCCACUGCCAUGGACUGGAAGACACUCCAAGGCCUCCUGAGUGGGGUCAACAAGUACUCCACGGCGUUCGGCCGCAUCUGGCUGUCCGUGGUCUUUGUGUUCCGAGUCAUGGUGUACGUGGUGGCGGCCGAGAAGGUGUGGGGCGACGAGCAGAAGGAUUUUGACUGCAACACCAAGCAGCCCGGCUGCACCAACGUCUGCUACGACUAUUUUUUCCCCAUCUCCCACAUCCGCCUGUGGGCCCUGCAGCUCAUCUUCGUCACCUGCCCCUCACUGCUCGUGGUCAUGCACGUGGCCUACAGGGAGGUCCGCGAGAAGAAGCACAAGCAGGAGCAUGGAGAGAACUGCUCCAACCUGUACCAGAACACAGGGAAGAAGCACGGCGGGCUGUGGUGGACCUACUUGCUCAGCCUCUUCGCCAAGUUGGGCAUCGAAAUAGGCUUCCUCUACAUCCUCCACCACAUUUACGACAGCUUCUACCUGCCACGCCUGGUGAAGUGCGAGGUCCUACCCUGCCCCAACGUGGUGGAUUGCUACAUCGGCCGGCCGACGGAGAAGAAGGUCUUCACCUACUUCAUGGUGGGUGCCUCUGCCCUCUGCAUCCUGCUGAGCGUUUGUGAGAUCAUCUAUCUCAUCACCAAGCGAGUCCUGCGCUGCAGCAGGAAGCUGAAGAACAAAAGCAAGAGGAACUCAGUGGCCUACAGCAAAGCCUCCACCUGCACGUGUCACCACAAGAUGACACCCCUGGACUUGAAGCCUGCCCUCAAAGGCACGGAGCUGCGGGCGUCCGCUCCCAACCUCUUUUUCGGUCAAUGAAACAUUUUUCAAAGAGCUAUCCAAUGAUUUUUGCCAGAUCAUUUUUCUCCUGUCCCCUUCUGUUCUCUGUCCUACUGAUCAAUUUCCAUGUUUAAUAAAACUCUCCUGUAAGGUUCUGUCAUGGUAAAACUAAUAAUCCAGAUCAACGGACUUCAUUUCGUCCAUGGUCGGUGUCCCGACAAUGGGUACCUAUAAUAAAGGAAGAAGAUAGGCAGAUUGUCCACUGUUGACUAUGGUCAGAGAUUAUGCAAGAACUAACGAGGUACCUUAAUUGUUCAUCUAUAUAAGGUCUUAAGAGCAGGGAAAGCAGUUAAUUGCAUACUGUAGCUUCCAAUUACCAGAAUAAAAAAAAAAGGUUUCAUACAAAUGUAUUCUACUUAACAACCUUGUUCAUUUAAUGAACUUCAGAAAACGAUAUAUCAGGCCUUAGCAGAACUUGAAUUUAUGAAAUAUGACCCUGCAGUUUCCUUCCUCAUCGUGACCGUGGCCGCUCCACGGGAAUGCAGGAGAGAGGUGGAGUUUUUAAAACCUUUCUGUGGUUUAGUGGGAGCCUGAUCUAGUGCGAUGAGUCUGUCACAAGAUGAUUGUACUCAAGCAGAUUGGGCUCGUCAUUUCAGAUGCCUGUGGUGUAACAUCCAGACACUCAGUGAUACUGCCUGAGCUAGGAUUUCUCAAGUGGAGAGUCAGGGAGCAGAGCUACAGGAAAGUAAAACCCAGCUGUGGGAGAGAAUGUUUCCUUCAAAAUCUGUUUUGUUGAAUGGAAUCCAAUGCGGAACAUUAAAAUUCCCUUCAGUUUAACAUGCAUAGUUUUAUACCUUCCAAAAUGAUAUUGUUUUAUUAUUGUUAUUAUAAAUAUGUUAAUGUUCAUAUAUUAUAAAUAUGUUAAUGUUCAUAUUGUAAUAGCCUCUGGUAAUAAGGUAUUUAAUUGUUUAAUGGGUGUGCAGGUUUUAUUUUCACAUUGGUCCACUACAAAUACAAAUAUAACAUGAAUGAAUGAAAUGCGCAGGUUUGCUUAGUACUAUAUAAUCCCUUGUAUGUAUCAUGUAUGUAUCACAGUACUUAGAUUAAUUAGUUUACAUAUUUCAUAUUUGUAUAUAUAUAUAUAUUUUGCAUAAAGUUGCCAAGUUAGAAAUAUCAGUAAAUAACUUCUAAUUUGAAAAACAAUGCACAAAAUAUGAAUGUGGAAGUCUCACUGCCAUCCACUUUCAGUGGAAUUCCAAAUCUUAUCACUACAUUUGUCUCCUGUAAUUAUUGACUAAGUAAACAGGACUAGAAUGUCAACAGCCGUACUGCAGUCUGUGCUCUUAUCUGUAUUGACAAUUUCAAUGUUUCUCUUGCAGGGAAAAUAUGGGGUUUCUGCUCACUUGUACUAACAGUCUGGCUAGUUCAUUGUGAAGAGCAGUAGGUAAGCUGUACAGCAAUUGAGUUUUAUGAAUCUGGAAGCUGCCCUUCUCAAGUCCUGUGUGCCUGGUACUCUUGUGUUGUUAAACCUUUCUGCCAAUGCAAACAAGUCUUAUCAAGAACAAAGUCAUUGCUCUACUCUGAAGCAAUUAACAAUCUCAGCGGUGCAGGAAUCGCGAGGGCUGAAGAUGUUGUGCCAGAUAAAAAAGAUUGUUUCUACACCGUGUUUGUUUUUGUUUUUUUUGUGUAUUUUACUGUAAUGGGAAAGUUGAUUCAUUUCGCCACUCUUAAUGUAACUUGGGUUCUUGUGUUUUGGAGGAUAAAGCUGAAGCCCAAAUCAAUGGCUCGCUGUGUAAAGAGAUGAACUGGUAUUGUGUGUGGUAUCAGAGAGUCCUCUAUAUAUUAGUGUAUAGUGUGCUGUACCAUGUUCACUUAUGCAGGUCUUGUAAACCUUUCCUAUGGAAAUGUAUGUACCAAAUGGAUUUACACAUUUUUAACUUUUGUACUUAACUGAUGAAAAUAUCUCCAAUAAAAAUUGUGUCUGGGUUUUGAAA